CUUCGCAACUUCUUCAUUCACCAUGAACGCCAAGGUCUUGAUCCUGCUCGGGCUCGCUGCCAUCGCUGCUGCUGACAGCCGUGAAUCCUAUGAAUAUCAACCUCCAAGGGUUACUUCCGAGGAAUCUGCUGAGUCCUACGAGUACACCGAGGCCAAGUACGAAUUCAACUGGGCCGUGAGCGAUGACUCCUCAAGCAACGAGUUCGGACACCAGGAGGCCCGCGACGGCGACCACACUCAGGGAUCCUACUAUGUACAACUCCCCGACGGCCGCCUGCAGACCGUCAAGUACUUCGUGGACGGCGACACCGGCUACGUGGCUGAGGUCAGCUACGAGGGCGAGGCCAGUUAUCCCGACUCCGUUGAGUCUGCUGAGUCUGCAGAGUCUGCUGAGUCCCGCGAAUACAGACCUCCCAGGCCCCAGUAUGUUUACGACUCCAACGAGUCCAAGUGAAUAAUUCAUCGAGAAAGAAAAACAUAUUUUGAUGAUUUCGUUUAA